AUGGUCAUCCUCGCGGCCUCCAUCUGCACAAGAGGCGGCAAGCCCCUUCUCUCCCGCCAAUUCAGAGAGAUCCAAAAAUCCCGAGUUGAAGCGCUGCUGGCCUCAUUCCCCAAAUUGGCCGAUUCCUCGACCCAGCACACGACGGUCGAGCAAGAGAAUGUCCGCUACGUCUACCAGCCGCUCGACGAACUGUACCUUGUCCUCAUAACCAAUAAACAAUCCAACAUCUUACAGGACAUUGACAGUCUACACCUAUUCGGCCAGGUGGUCACGUCGAUCUGCAAAAAGACGGACGAGCGGGAAAUCCUACGCAAUGCGUUUGAAUUACUCAGCGCCUUCGACGAGCUCGUCACCAUGGGUUACCGCGAGAACCUGUCCUUGAGUCAGAUCAAGACCUUCCUGGAAAUGGAGUCCCACGAGGAAAGAAUUCAGGAGAUCAUUGCCCGGAAUAAGGAGCUGGAAGCUUCAGAGGAACGGAAACGAAAAGCUAAACAACUCGAGCUGCAAAGAAAAGAAGCCGCUCGGUCUGCGGCGUAUGGAAGAGGAGUCGCUCCCAAAAUGCCCCAGCAGCCCACAUACACCCCCCCGGUGCGACCAGAGACCUACGACGCAUAUGAGGCCGAGAAGAACAAGAUCUCAAGCAAAUUCUCGGCUUCCAGAUCGACAAAGGGCAUGCAGCUGGGCAAGAAAUCUAAGACGUCCAACGCCUUUGCCAGGGUCCAGCAAGAGCUCGGCUCGCCAGAACCCGAACCUAGCAGCACCCUCGAGGUCGAGCUACCCGACCGAAGUAUCCCAACAGCCACAACCCACACCCCGAGCCUCUCUCACGCUCACCCCAUCCUCAUCUCCGUCACUGAAACACUCACCGCGAAACUCUCACGCGAAGGCGCUCUCAAAUCCUUCGAAGUCAAAGGUGACCUACAGCUGAAAAUCACCGAUUCAGCACUGACCAAACUUGCCUUGUCCGUCCAAGCAGUCGAAGGGCCCUUGAAAGCCCAAUUCCGCACCCAUCCCAACGUAGACAAAGCCCUCUUCACCUCACAAAAGCUCAUCCAACUGAAAGACACGAGCAAACGGUUCCCUUCGAACAACAGCAUCGGCGUCCUACGCUGGCGCGCCACCGCGCCCGCAGACACACCGGACGUCUUGCCCGUGACCUUCACCGCGUGGGUCAACAAGUCGGACGACAGCUACACAAUCACAAUCGAAUACGAGUUGACGAACCCCGAGCACACCCUGCGCGACGUGACGGUGACGAUCCCGUAUUCAUCGUCCGAACCGGCCGUCUCCUCCUUCGAUGCCAUGUACCAAGUAACAGGCGACUCGCUGGAGUGGACGAUCGGGAUCAUCGACGCCGACAACAACAACGGCAGCUUCGAGUUCGAGGCCCAAACGGAUGACGACUCCGAAUUCUUCCCCAUGAGCGUCUGCUUCGAGAUGGCCCGGCCGUUUGUCGAGGUCGAUGUCCUUGGAGCGCGGCUCUUGGAGAUGGAUGAGGAUGUUGGGUUUGAGAAGGUCAUCAAGGCCACUGCCGAUGGGUUUGUGAUUGAGUAA